AAUUUGAAACUGCGGAAACUCUUCUAAAUUCAGAAGUACAUAUGCUUCUUGAGCAUCGUAAGCAACAGAAUGAGAGUGCAGAAGAUGAGCAAGAACUUUCAGAAGUCUUCAUGAAAACCUUGAACUAUACGGCGCGCUUCAGCCGCUUCAAAAACCGUGAAACCAUUGCCAGUGUCCGUAGUUUGCUGCUCCAGAAAAAGCUUCAUAAAUUUGAACUGGCAUGUUUGGCCAACUUGUGCCCUGAGACAGCCGAGGAAGCCAAAGCUUUGAUUCCUAGCCUAGAAGGACGAUUUGAAGAUGAGGAAUUACAGCAGAUUCUUGAUGACAUUCAGACUAAACGCAGUUUUCAGUACUAA